UUGUUGCACUUCUGGGAACGUUUUUCACCACGGUGCCGCGGUUUUGUGUCAGAAAGACGAUUAUUUACGCGUCGCACAGUUGAACGGGCUAAUUGGCCGAGCGCCGCGGGCGUGUGUUUUGCGAAAAUUUGGCCAAAUAUUCGCAGAUCGUGAAUGAAAAGGCAAAGUUUUCUCCAAGAGAGUGGCUUGUGCAGAGCCAUGAGGAUGAAAGGCAGCUGUUGUUGCUGCGUUUUGCUCCACACUUAAAUUGGUCACGAGCGCAAAUUGCAGCUAAUUUCCCUCUAUAAUAUCACGAUGGCAUCACCGCAGCAGACGAAGAAAUACACCGCCAAGGAAACCAUCGAGAUUUACAUUGACUGGGCGAAUCACUAUUUGGAAAAAGUUCACUCGAAACGACGCAUCCAGGACCUGCAAACAGACGUUUGCGAUGGCAUACUACUCUGUGAUAUUGUUGAAGCCGUCACAAACCGGAAAAUCGCAAAAGUCAACAGGAAGCCUAAAAACCCAACCCAAAUGUUGGAGAAUGUAAUCUCGUGUUUGUCUUUGCUGGAGUCAAUCGGUGUGGCAAUCGAAGGAGUAACGGCCACUGAUGUGUGCGAGGGAAACCUGAAGAGCAUCCUCGGAUUGUUUUUCUCCCUGUCCCGGUAUAAGCAGAAGCAGAGACGCGAACAGCAGCAGAAACAAUCGCAAGACUCAGCAACUCCUGUCACUACUGCCUCAAAUUCCAAGAUGCCGUCGCCGCAGAACAAAAAGAGAGGCUCGGGGAUCCCAACGCCCGCCAGUCUUAGAAAUUCAAACACGUCCAUUCCGAGCAGAGUUGGGAGCAGACCUGAAAGCAUGACUUCAUUAAGCAAUAACGGCUCAGUUACUUCCCUGCUUCCUUCGAUGAAACCUGCUGUCCACCCAGAUAAAGGGCAUCAAAGGAGCGGUCUUCGACCUCCGUCCAUUGUUGGCUUGUCCGGCCUGACGGGCACCAACAUCAACAAUAACAACCACCCACCUGUUAGCAGCGAAUACCCCACUAAGAAAUACUCCUCUAGCACAAACAAUGCCAGAAGUUACAAUAGUUCUUCCACAACUUCCACGCAAAGACUGAACAAACAAGGGAUUGUCGGCUCAAAACGCACAAGCUCUUCCAGUGGCUUCAGCUCUGCUCGUUCAGAGAGAAGCGAUUCCUCAACUAGCAUAUCAAGCAUUCCAGCAAUAUCUCCGGUUGUAGUUCUACAAAACAGUCAAAUGCAGCGAUCAAAAGUUUCAAAGGCGAGUUCUCCGAGGACAGCCCACAAAUCACAUAAAAAAGAAACAACUCCAGCGCCUCCGCCUGAAAAGGUGACUAAUCUGCCAACAGCCUCAGUACCUACGGUGCAAUGCCAAAUCCCUCAGCAAAAACCAGUCCAGGUGCCACAAACCAAAGAAUCCUCUUCCAUUCCCAAACCAAUGGCCGCCAUCAAAGGCACAGCCAAGGCCAUGCCGGAGCCCGUAAACUACAGGUCGCCUCGGCCUGAACCGAAGAACGUUGCCAUGGUGUGUCCCAUUUCUGUGAUCGAGAAAGUUCCAGAGGCGCCUCCUACCAUCAAGGAGCCGCCUGCAGAAGAGAUCAAAAACGCAGUGGCCACCCAGCCACCUGAAAUCGUACUUCAGCCUCCGGACAACGAGUCCGACGACGAAUUCAUUGCACCCAUCAAACCGCUCAGCCUCAUUAGACCAAGAUACUCUUUUGAACAUCAUAAGGGGUUUGUUAAUAUGCGGCCAGGGCGACGAAACUUCUUUUUCAAGAAUAACAUGGGAAUCGGAACUCCUAAUUUUGCAGGCGUUGGAGGUUACAUGUCAGACGGAGACGCUCUCAAUCUAGGAAAUGAUUCAGAUUGCAAUGACGGCUACAUGUCUGAAGGCGCUCUGUACUUGAAAAGAACUCUUAGGGACAGUGUGGGUGACGACUCUAGCUCAGUUUCAAGUGAGGUAUCUGACCCACCCCUGAAUGAUUUGAGUAAUGACUGCCGCCAGUCCGAGAUGAGUAACGGCUAUGGACAGUCCGUUUCCAAACAACAUUAUCAACUCAAUAACCAACAGCAUGUGCCUGAUGUGCAAAAGCAUGGUAGUAGGGUCAAGCUGAAGUCCAGUAGCUCGCAGCAAACAGAUUCAUCCUCAUUCAGACAAGGCCAGCAGUGGAAAAAGUAUCCCCUUCCGAUGGAUUCUCAAGGCAAAGUGAUUACUGAAAAGCCUGAACUGAGACGGGGCAAGUCAGAUCUGUGUGAGGACUCAUUGAAAAAGAUGAACAAGUCGCCAAUUAUUUCAAAGUCAUCCAAAAGCCAAGAGAGAACUUCUAGAUCAGGGAAGGAGGAGAGAAGUCGGCGUAGCAGCUCACAGCAGACUGAGACAGUUGCCAACCAACAGUCGGCGCUCGGUCGAAUGUCGCCUUACACGAACACCCGAAUUUCUAGUGGCAACUACAUGUACAUGCCAAAGAAGAGCAGCAGCAGCAGUGGCAGCAGCGUUGGUUCCAACACCAAGAACAAUAAAAUGACCAAUGAAGAAGCUGUGCCACAAGGCUCUCCUGUUCUCAAGACCAAUUCCAACACAUUGGCUACCAGCAGUCCACGAACUAGACAGUCAAAGGUGAAAAUCAGUGGUGGCACGCAAACAAACAAUGUUGAUGCUGUUCCUCUCAACGCAGGCGAAUUCAACCAUUCUCCUAGCCGUAGAGGUUCUGCUAGUAGUUACAAAUCAUAUUCAUUAACUGUGCAAGGAGCAUCAAAAUUGUCUGCAAACAUUAGAGAACGCUUGAUGCUUGGAGACACCUCUCAUCACACCUUGCCAAAACAGUCGAGUAUGGAUAGUGCAACAACAGACAUCAGUGCCCAAAACCCAAAUUAUGGUCAGUACUACCAGCAGCAGUCCCCGUCGUCGCCCCGAGUUGGCACUAAAGCUCCUCCAAGGUUCACUGAUGGCUCCCUGAGUGAUACUGCGUACUCCACUUACGCUGAACUUGCAGCCACCAGUGCAAUUACAAACAAUAUUUACGGCACCCGUGGUCCAACUGAGGCUGGAAGCCCGUACUCGUGGCUCCGGCACAGCUCUACCUACAAUGCUUCCAUUUCCAGAUGCAAUGCCAACUCGCUGACAGAUAGCACAGAUUCCCUGUCGUCAAUGGGCUCCUCGCAGCACAGAGCCUCAUUGUCUCAUGCCAGAGUACUCUUUCAAAACAGAGAAAGUCCACAGACCUCGAGGCUCAACCGUAGCAACAGUAUUAGCCAUAUUAGGACAUUCCCAAGGUCAACUAAAUCCGAAAAGCUUUACCCCUCAAUGUUACAACGUUCUGAGGACAUCUUGCAUGACCCUUAUUACUACACAGUUCAGGGUAAUGGAGCUGCAAAAGGCCCUGGUGUACCUGGAAGUGCUGAAUCUCAACCCACCAGCCCAACCCAAGCUUCCAAUAGACACUCUGGUCCUGGAAGACCAGCAACCAUGUCCCCUUACGCCUCAAAGGCUGCCCCUGCCAAAAAUGACGAUGUUAAUGGUUCUUCCUUGAGUUUGGUGUCGACGGCUUCGUCUUUGUAUAGCACCGCUGAAGAAAAGCAGGCAAAUGAAAUUCGAAAGUUGAGGAGGGAGCUGAUUGAGGCCCAAGACAAAGUGCACACACUCACAAGUCAACUCUCCACAAAUGCUCAUGUUGUUUCAGCCUUUGAACAAUCUUUGGCAAACAUGACUCAACGUUUACAGCAAAUGAUUGCCACCUCUGAGAAAAAGGAUAUGGAACUGCAAGAGCUUAGAGGGAUGAUCGACAUGUUGCGUCAAUCAAAUCUAGACCCUGCAAUGAUCCCCAAUGGCCAAAUUGAACCAGAGAAAACAUCUCCAAUGCACCGUCAACUCUCGAUAGAUUCUGUUUCGAGUCUCUCGUCUGCAUGCAGUGGAGCCUCAUCGGGAAGGAGGGUGGCCUUGAACAAGAAAAAGAAGGGCUGGCUGAGGAGCUCAUUCAGCAAAGCCUUUUCGCGAAACAAAAAAGACCAACUUGGCGGACUUUCAUUAUCUGACGUCGAAGAUGGGAAAAUCGAAACCCAUGGUCACAGUGAAAUGUCAGCCCCAGCGUCACCAAUGCUCUUCUCACAGAAACACCAUUCAGGCAACACUGAAUCGUCCAACAACAGUGAGGCUGACGAAGACGAACAUCCCCUUAAUGGAUCUCCAUCUGCGCUCUACAACCAAGACCUGACCGGUACGGAAGCUGUGCAAGAACUGCAACGGCAGUUAAGAGAAAAAGAUCUUGUCUUGACUGAUAUUCGUCUAGAGGCUUUGAGUUCUGCCCACCAACUAGAAUCUCUCAAAGAUACGGUCCACAAAAUGAGAACGGAGAUGUUGUCUCUGAAGCAAGACAACGAAAGACUGCAGAGAAUCGUCACCAGUAAAUCUCUUACUUCGUCCCAAUCAUCUCUGCCCCUUCAGGAUAACAACCCCGAGAAUUUUGCAAAUUCUGAAAACAUCUCACCAACAGCAACAGAAUUCAACCCUGCCUAUGGAGACACUCUUGGCUCAAAGGUCCGAGUGACCGUAAUUACUGGCGGCAAACAUGUUUGCGGCUCCUCGACAUCAGACCUCGAAGACGAAGGCUUGACGGAAUGUUUGAUCGCCACAAUCUGCGUUGGAACUAAAAUGACAUGGGAAACGCUUGACUCUCUGAUCAGGAAAGCUUUUGUCGAGUAUGUCUGCUGGUUAGACCCUUCGAGCAGUCUUGGCCUUCAGGCCGAGUCCGUCUAUAGCUACCAUCUGGGGGAAGUGCAACGGCUCUGUGGGCAGUCUGACUUGCCAGAUUUGUUGCCCUUCGGCUACCUGGUCGGGGACGUCUCCAUCAAAGUCUGCGUCAAAUCCGCACAACACUCGGGCUGCAUGGACGCUCUUACUUUUGAAACCCUGAUUCCAAAAGCGUGGAUACAAAGGUACAUCAAUAUGCUGAGUGAGCACCGGAGAAUUAUUUUCUGUGGGCCGAGUGGGACUGGAAAGAGCUUCCUUGCAAAUAAACUGGCACAAUUUUUGGUCCAAAGAGAGGGAAGAGAAGCAACUCCAGAAGCCAUAGCUUCUUUCAAUGUGGACCACAAGAGCAACAAAGAGCUGAAGCAGUACCUGGCCAACCUCUCGGAACAGUGCGAGAACAACGCAGCAUCCGAUCUGCCAUCAGUGAUCAUCCUGGACAACUUGCACAACGUGUCCAGCAUGUCCGACAUGUUCAAUGGCUUCCUGAACGCGCGCUUCCCCCACUCCCCGUACAUAAUUGGCACAAUGAACCAGACGACUUGCUCGUCAACAAACCUGCAGUUGCACCAUAACUUCAGGUGGGUGCUGUGCGCCAACCACUUGGAGCCGGUCAAGGGGCUGCUCGCCAGGUUCCUCAAGCGCCGCCUGCUUGAUGUCCAGAUCAAGAGUGGCAACCAGAGCUCUGAGCUCUGCAACAUCUUUGACUGGAUUCCCAGAGUCUGGCAGCAUUUGAACAAAUUCUUAGAAAUGCACAGCUCAAGUGAUGUGACCAUUGGCCCUCGACUCUUCCUCUUGUGUCCAGUCGAAGUUGCAGGGUCUCAGGUUUGGUUCACUGACCUGUGGAAUUACUCUGUGGUGCCGUAUCUGCUGGAGGCAGUGCGUGAGGGCCUUCAGUUGUACGGCAGACGAGGUCCUUGGGAGGAUCCGACUCGUUUCAUCACCCAGACGUACCCUUGGACCAACGACGCUGUUCAGGGUGGGCCUGAUGCCCUCAUCAAAUUGCGACCCGAAGACGUUGGCUACGAAAUGCAGAAUUCUGUGGCUCAAACCUCUUCCUCCCCACCUGGCACUGCCCAGCCCAAUUCCAACAGCGGAGGAGAAGCAGAUCCUCUUUUGAACAUGCUGAUGCGGCUGCAAGAGGCCGCCAACUAUUCUAGUCCCCACAGUAACAUGGACCUUUCGGUGGACACCACCAAUGACAAGACAAACCACCGAGAAACAAGUGUCAUCGUCCUCGAUGAGCACGCCUAACGUAAUAUUUUGUACACCCUGCCUUCUAUAGCUGUUGGAAGUUGCAAAUGAGUUUUGGAAAUACUUAAAAUACACCUAGCAGCAUUUACCUGAAAUAAUAACACUUUAAAGAAAUCAGAGGCUUUUUCGAGGACUGAUUACUAAUUAUUACAUUUAUUGAACUCUAUUAUCUCACCUCUGUACGUAAAUCACAAAAGAAAAAAAUGCCUGAAACAGAAUUUAUUAUAUUAUUCAGCUAAACGAGAGAAGUUUUCAACGUUAUGUGAUCAAAUUUGUUUUAUUUUUGUCUAUUCGUAUGAUGUUUGCGUGACUUAAUAUAUUUUUAGUCCUAACAGAGAGAAAAUGAGUCAUUCUAACACUGUGUUAGCCGAGAGAAUCACUUCUGGUCUAAUUAACGCAACAACAUUUUGUAAAUAAUAUUUGUAUUGCUUUUAUGCGAGCGAUUUUUCAAACGUGAUGCCUAAUUUUGUGAGCACCUCUCCUCGGUGAGAAAUUUAUUAUUGACACCGUACGUGGCCAUCUUUUUUCGAGGCCAUACCUUUGUAGAGUGUUUUGUACAUUUUUCUAACCGAAAUGUAUAUCUGUAAUAUGUACAGGAUUAUUGUACGCAUUUGAAGAACAAACUAAAUUUGUUUGCCCUCUUUGGCCUUUAAUGGAAAAAAAAUACUCUCACGUGAAGUCAAAAAAUGGCCUUGUUUUGUAGGUUCCAAAAAUUUUGUUACUCAACUGUUGAUGGCUUGUAUUUAAUAAAAACCAACUAACCAAAAUAAUUAUUAUAA